AUGGAAGGUGUCUACUUCAAUAUUGAUAACGGGUUUAUAGAGGGUGUGGUCCGUGGGUACCGGAAUGGGCUGCUGACUUCGAACCAGUACAUGAAUCUGACGCAGUGCGAGACGCUGGAGGAUCUGAGGUUGCAGCUGUCGUCGACGGAUUACGGGAAUUUUUUGUCGGACGUCCCUCAGGAAUCCCUCACCACGUCGAUGGUCCAGGAGGCUGCCGCGGAGAAGAUGUACCAGGAAUUCAAUUAUAUCCGGAACCAGUUGAGCGGGCGGUCGAAGAAGUUCAUGGACUACAUCACUUUCAGCUACAUGAUCGACAACGUCGCGCUGAUGAUCACGGGCACAGUGCACGAGCGCGACAAGUCCGAGAUUCUCAGUAGGUGUCAUCCCUUGGGUUGGUUCGACACACUGCCUACACUUUCAGUAGCUACCGAUCUGGAAUCGCUGUACGAUACUGUUCUCGUCGACACCCCGCUGGCACCCUAUUUCGCAGACUGCUUCGACAACGCAAACGAACUGGACGAUAUGAACAUUGAAAUCAUUAGAAACAAACUGUACAAGGCGUACUUGGAAGACUUUGCGAAAUUCGUACAGAAUGAAAUCGAGCAACCGGCAAGGGAGAUCAUGCUCGAGUUGCUAGGAUUCGAGGCCGAUAGGAGAGCGAUCAACAUCUCGCUGAACUCACUGCAGAGCGAGGACGUAGACUCGGAGUUGAAGCAACAGUUGCUGCCCUGUUUGGGCAAGUGCUACCCUCUGGUCAGCCACAUGCUCGCGAACUCCAAGGAUUUCGAGAACGUGAGAGCCGCACUGAAUAACGUUUACGAGUACCGCUCGCUGCUCGAGGACGAUAGCAACUUGGAGGACCAUUUCUACCGCUUGGAGAUGGAACUGUGCAGAGACGCAUUUACGCAGCAGUUCGCAAUCAGCACCGUCUGGGCAUGGAUGAAGUCGAAGGAGCAAGAAGUCAGGAACAUCACCUGGAUUGCAGAGUGUAUUGCUCAGAAUCAAAGGGAAAGAAUCACAAACUACAUCUCAGUGUACUGA